AUGAAACUAUCGAGUGGGAUUUUCAGCGGUCGACUAUUCUUAUUGUUACCACUAUUGACGAGCUGGCUUUCGCUAUAUGUGCUAGCCGAUGUCUAUUUACAAGAAAAGUUUUCCGAUGAUACUUGGGAAAAGCGGUGGCUUCAGUCAAAGCAUAAAGAUGACCUCGGUGCAUUCAAAGUCUCUCCUGGCAAGUUUUAUGCUGAUGAGAUAGAGUCGCGUGGGUUACAGACGUCACAACAUGCACGGUUCUAUGCGAUUUCGGCAAAGUUAGAUACACCAAUAGAUAAUACCGAGAAAAACCUAGUGGUUCAAUUCUCGGUUAAACAUGAGCAAAAUAUUGACUGUGGAGGGGGAUAUGUCAAGCUUCUUCCGCCCACAUUUGAUCAAGCUGAUUUCCGUGGUGAUUCAGAAUAUAAUAUUAUGUUUGGGCCUGACAUUUGCGGCGAUUCGCGUAAAGUCCAUUUUAUCAUACACCAUGACGGCGAAAACAAAUUAAUAAAGAAAAAAAUUACCGCGCCCUCUGAUCAAUUGACGCAUUUAUAUACGUUAAUCAUCAAACCAGACCAGACAUACACCGUGUUAAUUGAUUCCAAAGAGGAACAAUCCGGCAAAUUGGAAGAAGAUUUCGAAUUUACGCCUAAACUAAUUGAUGAUCCUGAGGCCAAAAAACCCGAUGAUUGGGUAGAUACCGCAACAAUCGAAGAUUCAACUGAUAAAAAGCCCGAUGAUUGGGUAGAUGGACCAGAAUUAAUAGAUGACCCUGAUGCUACAAAACCCGAAGACUGGGAUGAUGAAAUGAAUGGAGAUUGGGAACCACCACAAAUAGCAAAUCCCGAAUACAAGGGCGUCUGGAAGCCACGUCAUAUACCAAAUCCAGAUUACAAAGGUGAAUGGAAAGCUCCCUUAAUCCCAAACCCCGACUAUAAAGAAGACCCGUUACUUCACGCAUUCAACACUGCGUAUAUUGGCUUCGAUCUAUGGCAAGUCAAAUCCGGCACCAUUUUCGAUAAUAUCCUAAUUACAGAUGACACAGAGUACGCGGAGAAAUUCGCGAAUGAAACAUUCGUGGAGUAUCGUGAAGCCGAACGCGACGCCAAGAAAAAACUUGAUGAAAUUGAGUCAAAGAAAUUUGAAACAGAUGUCGGAGGGAAAAAAGAGGAAAAUGAAGAUGAAAAGGAGGAAGAAGAGGAAAAAGAUAAAGGAAAGAAAGAAGAUAAAUCAUCAAAAGUUGAGGUACCUCUUCCUGACGAAAAAGUACCCGAAAAAUCAGAUGAACCCCCUGCCUCAUCUAAACAAGAAGACGAUGAUGAAUUUGACAAGUUAUUUGCUGAUUUUGAACACGAAGAAUUAUAA